AUGGCAGACCAAUACGAUACUAAAUUUGCUCUGGCAUCGAAAUCUACGGUUGCUGGCCUACCACGUAUCAAAGCAAUAUUUAUCCAUCCCAUCAAGUCUUGCGGGCCUAUUGAGCUAGAUCGCGCCUUGCUCACCAAGACUGGCUUCAUGUACGACCGAUCGUUCGCAUUUGCCACGAAAAAGAUCAAUGGCAAUGACGCAGAAGCCUCCAAGUGGCGAUUUAUCAGUCAGCGAACGAAGCCACUCAUGUCUCAAAUUAAGACAGAGUUGUGGCUUCCACAUAAGGACAGUGACCCAACUGACCCGCUGGUGCAGUCAGGUGGAUGUGUGGUCGGGACAUUCGAAGACCCAGACCAACCGAGUUGGAUCGAGCGUAUUGAGACCUUCUUCCAUCCAAGGAGUCUUUCAGAACGACCAUGUAUAUCCUUCAUCUUGCCUCUCAAUAUUACGCCUUCCCUGGCAGAGAGUCACCAGGUCAAGAUGAAACCGUUCGGCAUCCACCACCGUGAGGCAAAGGGCCUUGACAUAUCCGGACUCCCUUCUAUUGCACGAGCUCUGCCAAAACUGAGGAAAUAUUUGGGAAUACCACGAGAUCAAGCCCUCGCUCUUUUCAAAUGUACUCCGGAUACUUUGACACGAACGGACCGGAACCUCGCGCCACUUGAACAUAUCGGUACACCAGCUCUGCACGGCUACACGGAUCAGCAACCUGUCAACAUCAACAGUCUAUCCUCGGUCCAUGCCGUGUCCUCGCUCCUUCCACCAGAAAACCAGCCUCUGAAUGCACUUCGCUUCCGGGCAAACAUAUGGAUGGCAAACGCCCCGGCAUUCGAGGAAGAAACAUGGAAACGCUUCCGUCUCUUGCCAAAGAGUCGCAGUACAGCGCCACGAGGGAGUGUUGCGCCGACAUUCUCUGUUGUCUGUCGAACAUCACGAUGCACAAUGCCCAACGUCAACCCGGAGACUGGAACGGUCGAUACCGAUAUGGCUCUUCCUGGAAAGAAAAAGGGCAAACCACAGCCAAGCACCACAAUGGUGCGUCAUCGCACGGUUGAGACGGGAAACAAAGCGGCACUCGGGUAUAUUGGUAUGCAUUGUGUUCCUGAGGAUCGGAGUUUUGAGCUGGUUGAAGAGCAAGAAGGGUUAUAUGUUGAGGUUGGGGAUGAGAUGGAGGUCCUUGAACGGGGGACGCAUCUCUAUGGGUCGACGGGCAACGACUAUUAG